AUGAACAGGAAAGCAAGACGGAAUUACUUCUCAAGUAAUUUAAAAAACGCUACUAAUCCUAAGGCUUUUUGGAACAUACUUCGCAAAGUUUCGCUUGGUAAAGAUGAAGGUCGUGAUAUCCAGAACCUGGUAGUAGAUGGAAACGAACCGCACGACCAAGAAGCUAUUGCGGAAUCAUUAAACCAAUAUUUCACAACCAUUGUGUUGUCUAUUUUAGACGGGCGUACGAUAGACCGUAACAGUCAAACGAAAGAAACUCACGUGUUCAAUGUGCCACAUUUACGAGAGCAGGACGUUUAUAACGCUUUAUACACAAUCGACGCGUCUAAAAGAUACUGGUUCUGA